AUGUCACUUUUCCUAUUGAACAAUAAUGGCCUUGAAGUGGAGGCGAAUCCACAGAAGAUCGCCAUGGCCGAGGUUCAAUACGAUGCAAUGAAGGCCACCUUUGACAUAACUAAGUGUAUACCGGGAGAGUAUGGGGAAGCUGAUCUCCACAAGGGUGAACAAACAUGUAUAGACAGAUGUGUCAUUAAGUUCAUGAGCGCAAACCGGAUCAUAGGGUUGUAUGCUCAAAAGGUGCGAUUGGACGUGGACUCUCUCAAAGCUCACGAGAUAAUAAAGGAGAAGUAUUGUAAGGUUGAGAUAUUAGGGGGAAUUCAAAGUCAACGAAUAACCGAUAGUCACCCUUCAAACAUGCAGUGUACAUAG